CUUUACUCAUACCGCCAUCACACUGUUACGGUCUGAACACCGGAGAUGUUCAAAUUGUACGCGCUCUUGGUUCCUGUCUUUGGAGCUUAUGGCGUUCUACUCUACGCUAAGCCCGGACACAACGUGACUUUACCGUGUUUCUAUGUCUCCAGGGCCAACAAUCUGUGCUGGUACAAGCAGGUUGCAGGGGAGCAACCUCAGAUAAUAUCCUCGUUCUACAAACAUUCACCUGACAGCAACAUCUUCUACAACCAGUUUAAAGACAACAAACGCUUUUCAGUUCACACUGAUGCAGAGUUCUACCAUUUGAACAUUUCUAAUGUCCAGGACUCGGAUUCAGCUAUGUACUACUGCGGACAUAUCAGUAUUGCAGUCACUGAAUUUGAAAAUGGCACGUUUUUGGUUUUGAAAGGUACAGAGUCCAGCCGCAGGUCUUUCCUCCAGCAGCCGGCGUCUGACUCUGUGAAGCCAGGAGGCUCUGUGACUCUGAACUGCACCGUGCACACUGGAACCAGCGACACAGAACACAGUGUGUACUGGUUCAAAAAGGAGGAUUCAAGAAAUUCCCACUUGGGUAUUAUGUACAUCCACACGCACAUCAGCAGUCAGUGUGUACAGAGCCUGGAGCCUCCUGCACAGAGCUGUGUUUACAGCUUAUCGAAGACAAAUGUGAGCCGGUCUGAUGCUGGGACGUACUACUGUGCCGUGGCUUCAUGUGGAGAGAUACUGUUUGGGAGCGGAACAAGACUGGACGUUGGAGAGCAACAGGGUGACAUUUUUCCUCUCUUGAUGAAAUGCUCGGUCGCAGCUCUGCUUGUGUCUGGUGUCUUGAACAUCAUCCUAAUCGGCAUCCUCUGCAAAAUGUCCAGGAGGAAAUAUCUCCAUUCUCAAGUGCUGCAACCCCACUUGAGUGUCCCAGAAGACACCCCUGACAGUCAGAAUGAGGAAUCUGAUGCUCCACAGUACGUAGCACUGGACUUCAAGAAGAGGCACGGCCAGAGCAGAGGACAGAGGAACCCAGAGGAGGAGACCAUUUAUGCUGGAGUUAGACUGUCUCACCUGAAGUGA